AAUAAUAACUAGUCCUUCUCCUUCUUUUGCAUUUGAUGCUCUACGCACACAAGUUUAGGGCCAUAGAUUGAGAGGGGAGGAAUCAUAGAGCGGAGGCUGAGGAAGAAGAGAGGAAGUGGAAGGAAAGUGGGAGCUUUUGGGGCUCAAUCUUCUAUAAAUAUCACUACCACCUCACACCCAAAAGCAAGCCCUUACCAUUCCAUGAAUCUAUAGAGGAGGAAAAUUAAAAUAAGAGAGAGAGAGAGAGCGAGAGAGAGAGAGAGAGAGAGAGAGAGCAAGGAUUCACCCUCUUGUUAGAAUUCUCAUCUUUCACUUUCCCUCAAACUUUCUUCGCGGCCUUCCGAUCUUAGACCCCAAAGAAGCGGGCGACGACGGAGGGAGAGACGCUGGAGCAGCAAUCAGAGAAGAUGGGCAGGGGGAAGAUCGAAAUCAAGAGGAUCGAGAACACGACGAACCGGCAGGUGACCUUCUGCAAGCGCCGCAACGGCCUGCUCAAGAAGGCGUACGAGCUGUCCGUCCUCUGCGACGCCGAGGUUGCCCUAAUUGUCUUCUCCAGCCGCGGCCGCCUCUACGAGUACGCCAACAACAGCGUGAAGGCUACAAUCGAGCGAUAUAAGAAAGCCUACAGUGAUACCUCAAACACUGGUUCGGUCUCAGAAGCUAAUGCGCAGUACUACCAGCAAGAAGCAACAAAACUGCGCCAACAAAUCACCAACCUCCAGAAUUCAAACAGGAAUUUACUGGGUGAGUCUCUCAGCACCAUGAGCCCUAGAGACCUCAAACAAUUGGAAACCAGGUUGGAGAGAGCUAUAACCAAGAUAAGAACCAAAAAGAAUGAACUGUUAUUUGCUGAGAUUGAGUACAUGCAGAAGAGGGAAAUGGAGCUGCAAAAUGAUAACAUGUACCUGCGAAACAAAAUAACUGAAAAUGAGAGGACGCAGCAGCACAUGACUAUGUUGCCGUCAACAAGCGAGUAUGAAGUCAUGCUGCCAUAUGAUUCUAGGAACUUCCUGCAAGUGAAUCUUCUGCAACCCAAUCAACAUUACUCCAACCAUCAGAGCACAGCACUUCAACUAGGAUGAAUGCUGCAUUAGAUCACUCCCUGGUGCUUCUGCAAAUUUAAGUUGUAGUUUGGCUACUUCGAAGCAUCCUGUGGUAAGUCAAAAUCUAAGAUAUGGACAUUGUGUGAAAUAUUGCCUCACCUAAGAGCCCUCCCUCUAAAAUUAUCUCAUAAGGUUUUACAUUAUGCUGUAUGCUCUAACUAUGUAUUUUCUUCGUCACAUAAGACCUGAGUGCUAGCUUUCAUGUAUUUUUGUGUGAUCAUUAGUAUAUCCUGAGAACCUUUAAAUUGCUUGUUA